AUGCGGCAAAGAAGGAGAAUACGCAACUCAACCAAGCCAUUCGUUGGUAGAAGUACGGGCAUGCAUUUCAUGCUCACCGGAGCACCGGUUUUCAACACAUGGUGUGGCAUCGCUGGUCAGCUUAUGCUACUCCCUAAUGGAGGCCCAUUUGUAAACCUCAAACACCACAGCAAGCUUGUCGACAGCCCUGCUUCUAGUCAGUCGAACACGCCCAGUAAGAAAGAAUCAGCGAUCUUGAAGAUGAUUCUGGCGUCGAUGACAGCCGGGAGACCCAAAGAGAUCCUGCAACUGCCACCAAUCCGAUAUCACGAAAUGAGAGCCAGCACUCAGGCCGAGCCAUUUUCUAUCAUCGGGAUCGAGGCCUGGACUACAGAGGGACAACAUCUCCUUCGAUACGCCAGGCAUAAAAGCAAAAGAAGACUCGCGUUCAUGGGAUUGGCUUGGUUACAAAAAGCACAGACAGAGGCAAAAGGAUCACUUCUUCGCAUUGCCACUAACAUCGCCGAUGGCCUCCCAGCUGACAACAUGCCUUCGAUAAAACAGAUACAGCCACGGCGUUGCCUUGGGGUUUUAUUUAAAGAAGACCUCAAACAGCUGAACAGCUACAUCAAAGGCGAGAUUCAGGAAAAGAGGAAUAGGUAG